UUCAUACGGAAAAAUGCUGCACUCGCAGAGCUCAGGUGGUGUUGUAUUUCAGUGUCGUCUGUAGACAGUCCACGUUUCGCAGGCGUAGAGCAGGGUUGGGAGGACAAUGGCUUUAUAAACAAGCACCUUGGUAUCUCUACGGUUGUCCCAAUCAUCAAACACUCUCUGCUUCAUACGGAAAAAUGCUGCACUCUCAGAGCUCAGGCGGUGUUGUAUUUCAGUGUCAAUGUUGACUUUUGUGGAGAGGUGGCUGCCAAGGGAGCGGAAAUGAUCAACGUUUUCUAAUGUUACACCGUUAAGCUGGCAUUGCAAAGGGUUUAGCUGGUGCCUGUUGGAAGAGCACUUUGGUUUUCUCGAUAUUCAGUGAGAGGCCGAGCUUCUCGUAUGCUUCUGCGAAGGUGUUUAGAGUGGCUUGUAGGUCUUCUUUUGAAUGUGCACAGGCUACGUUGUCAUCGGCAUAUUGGAAUUCAGGCACAAGAAUUAGUAGCAAACAAAGAAUUUAUAUCUCGGCUUAUCUAAAAUUGAUCUAUGGCUGAGGGUCUUCCCCACCUUCCACACCUAUUUUGGCACAAGUGAUACCAAUGACCUAACUUGUUUACUCCGAGCUUUCUUCUCUUUUUGGAACUUUCUGGAGAAAGGCACCAACUCACAGGAAGAGGAGGGGCACAGGCCCUGUGUUGUACAUACUAAUUUGGUUCAUACAAAAUGCUUAUAUUGUCUAUAUGAAAGCUAUAUGAUAUCUGCAGAGGCAAAGCUAUAUAGGCAAUAAUCUACUAUUUUCUGGCCCUUGGUCCCUACUAAAUAAAUGAAUAAAUAAUGGCUGGCUCUCCCUUUGCAGCCACAGUCCUGGUCUUUGGGACGCUAAGCCCCGCCUCUCUAUGGACACCUACUCGUGGCCACCAUGUUGAGGCCGGGCGGAAGUAGAGCGAGAAGGAGGCCUCCGCUUCCCAGAGAGGCAGGAGGAAGUGCUCAGAAGGGGAGGAGACGAGUGGUGCCCUUCCCUCUGAGGUCACUUCCGGAGGAGUGGGACGUUGGCUUUGGCGCCAUUUUGAGCAGGCUUGCCCCAGCGUGGGGCUCCAUCCGGGAGUUUUGGGCCUCGACGCCUCAGGGACUCCUCAGAACCGGAGUUUUCUUCUCCCUCAGCCGGUAACUUCUGAAAAAGUUCUGCGAAGAAAAUCUGUUGAGAGCUUUGCCCGAGGAGUGACUUCAAGAUGCACAACAAUGACAACAAAAAGAAAUAAGUAAUAGAAACGUGUAUUAUAACCUACAUGUCUGUGCAAUUAAGGGGGGAUAUGAUUGUGCUGUAAAAAGAGAGGCAUUGGAAGGCUGGAGUCAUACAAACACAGUGCUGUUCAAGAGGUUAUAAACACCUGGCAUAAUAUUUGAAUUAUAAAUGUAAAAGAAUGGCAAGUCCUCUACCUCCAUAUCCGAAAUCACACACAGGGAAGAAGUUACAUCAGUGUAUGGAAUGUGGGAAAUACUUUGGUUGGAAAAGUUAUCUUACUAGACAUGAACACUCCCACACAGGGGAGAAGCCAUAUAAAUGCAUGGAAUGUGGAGAAAGCUUUACUUGGGAUAACAGUCUACGUUCCCAUCAAAGUACCCACACAGGGGAGAAGCCUCAUAAAUGCAUAGAAUGUGGAAAAAGCUUCAGUCAGAGUGGCAAUCUGCGUUCCCAUCAAAGGAUCCACACAGGAGAGAAGCCACAUACAUGUAUUGAAUGUGGAAAAAGCUUCAGUCAGAGUGGCACUCUACGUUCCCAUCAAAGGACCCACACGGGGGAGAAGCCAUUUGAAUGCAUAGAAUGUGGACAAACUUUCAGUUGCAGUAACACACUGCGCUCCCAUCAAAGGACCCACACAGGGGAAAAGCCAUAUAAAUGUAUGGAAUGUGGGAAAAGUUUCAGUCAGAGUGGUAGUCUACGUUCCCAUCAACGAACCCACAGAGGGGAGAAGCCAUUUGAAUGCAUAGAAUGUGGGAAAACGUUCAGUCGGAGUAACAAACUGCAUUCCCAUCAAAGGGCCCACACAGGGGAGAAGCCAUAUAAAUGCAUAGAAUGUGGAAAAUCCUUCAGUCGGAGUGACACAUUGUGUUACCAUCAAAGGACCCACACAGGGGAGACACCAUAUAAAUGCAUAGAAUGUGGAAAAACCUUCAGUCGCAGUGACCAUCUACGUUACCAUCAAAGGACCCACACAGGCGAGAAGCCAUAUAAAUGCAUGGAAUGUGGAAAAACCUUCAGUCGGAGUGUCAGACUGUGUUCUCAUCAAAGAACACACACCGGGGAGAAGCCAUAUAAGUGCAUGGAAUGUCAAAAGAGCUUCAGUCAAAGUGGACAUCUGCAUUCCCAUCAAAGGACCCACACAGGGGAGAAGCCACAUAAAUGCAUAGAAUGUGGAGAAAGCUUCCGUCGCAGUGACCACCUACGUUCCCAUCAAAGGACCCAUACUGUGGAAAAGCCACAUAAAUCCAUGGAACUAGAAAGAGCUUUAGAGAAAGUUCAGCAUGCACUGGACAUGAAAGAACUCAUGCGUGGCUAGAGGAGACUUGCCUAUUGUUUUUCUUUAUUGGUCAUUACCUAUAAAGCCCUAAAUGGUUCGGGCCCAGAAUAUUUGCAGAAUCGCACCCCCCAUACAAACUGGCUUGUGGACUGUGAUCUGCAGAAGAGGUCCUGGUCUAGGGCCCACCUCCAUCUCAAGCACGGCUGGUGGGAACAAACAAGAGAGGGGGCCUUCUCAAUGAUCGCUCCUUGCCUCUGGAACUCCCUCCCAAAAGAACUAAAAGCUGCCAUCUCUCUCCUUGCUUUCAAAAAGUUGAUUAAAAAAACAUCUAUGCACCCUGGUGUAUGGGGAGAAGGAAGACUAACAUCUCUCGAUUUACAUCCUCCCCUAGAUUUGUUAAAUCUCUUCCGAUACUGGAAUUAACUUCAGCCUGUUGGUUGCUGCAAAUCACCUCAUCUCUCUAUAAGGUUUUAGUUAUUGGUUUCUAGAUGUCUUUUACCCAGUGAUAAAUUUAUACUAUGCAUUUGCGUUUGUUUAGGUCACUUAAGUUUUUAUCCUUGGUUAUUUUUGUUUGUGAUUAAGUUUAAAGUUAGGCUGCUUUAGUAUUGCUUGAUGUAAUUUCUUGUAUGUUUUUCCUUUUUGGCAUUGAAUGUUUGCCAUAUAUACUGGAAACCGCCCUGAGUCCCUUCAAGGAGAUAGAGUGGAAGUUUUAUUAUUGUUAUUUCCAAGCUCCUUAAAAGAGCAUUGGAAAGAAAGAGGAAAGUCACCACCUUGCUCUCUCUACCAUGAAUCCCAGUUUGUCUGCUACUCAGAGGUCUUACUCAGAGGGGCACUUUUCUCAAUAUUGCAGCAAACUACGAAGGGGUUCACCUAACCUCCUCCACAAGGAAACCCAACACAGGUUUCUAGGAUGAUUUGUGAAGGUUUGCUGAAAAGUGCAACAGCUGAGAUCUCUGGAUAAAACGGCUCUGAAAAAGAAUAGCUCUUUGGUCACAGAUAACGUCAUAUCUUCAUACUCCUGUCUCAUGUCUUGGCUCUACUGCCCCUCCAUUAGAAUUUUGGGCUCCAGCCAUGUACCUGUAACUCUUUCCUGGAUUUUGUUGUAUCCUGAAUUGUUGACUUUAAAUUCUGGACUAGCUUCCUGGUUUCAUUUGAUUUCUUGGUUGUUUUUUAUCCACUCUGUUGAAUGAACUCCUGGCAUGUGACUAUUGGACUGUAAUCUUCAGUAUUGUUUAUUUUUGCUCCUGACCUGGAUCUGCAGUACUUUUCAUGUCUGCAUUAAUUGGACUCUUGACCUUGACUUGUGUUUAUUGUUACUUCGACUGUGUUGCUGCCAUUGUAUUAUUUUAGCCGGACUCAAGCCUUUAGUUUUCUUAUAAGUAAAUAUGGUCUUGGUUUAUUUUGUGUUUAAUAAAUCUCAGACUUUAUACUGGGAGA